GGAACGGCGACGAUUUGAGACGCGUCUUUGUUCAUCUGAAAAGAACACCAAAUAUAUAUUAACAUAUAAAGUGCCAUAUUUAAUAAGAUUUGGAUUGAAAAGUGCAAUCAACAAUGAGAAACAGGUUCGCAAUAUUGGUGGCUGUUUGCUGUGUGCUGGUGGCUGUAGAAGCGAGAAGCAAAUAUGUGACCGCUGAGGAGGAUAACCCAUACGAAUUUGGUUUUACAAUCGACGGGCAGCAACAUCGCCACGAAAAGAAAGAUGCGAACGGAGUGAUUCAAGGAGAGUUUGGGUUCAUCACUGCCGAUGGCGUCUAUCACGUCACCGUUUAUGCCACUGAUGAGAACGGGAACUUUAGGAUUUUAAGCAUGAAGAAUAUCAGAUUAAGCGGGCCUUUGGAUGAACCCAAUGCAAAACUACCAGAUACUACAGGAUUAUCUAAGGGUCAAGCUAACCCAGCGCCGAAUCCGCUUAGUAUUAAUACAACACCAGCGCCUGCGCAGACUGUUCAAGCAGUGACUCAGAGUAACCGUUUCACGACGCAGUCUACAAUCAAACCCGCAUGCGCUGGAUGCGGUUAUGUCACUCAUGCGACACCUUUGAAGAAACCCGAUAGUUCCUUACCAUUCCAGACUCAAGCGGGACAGAAUCCUAGACCACAGGAUGUUAUAAUUGGAAAGAAACCUGAUGUUCAACAACAGAGUCAAGGUCAAAGCGGUGUUCGGCCGGAUGUUUCUUCAAGUAGUGGUUUUAAUGUUCCACCAGAAUCUAAUGCUCCUUUUGUUUCUGAUCCUGUAGGUGGAAGACCAAGUUUCCCUGGUUCAGGUAGUCCAGGUCCAAAUGCAGUAGGUCAAUUUAAUCCCCAGAAUGAUUAUCCAGUUAAUCCUAAUCAGAACCAAUAUACUGACAACAAUCAACAGAAUUAUCCAGGUAAUAAAGAACACAUUCCUCCACAAGUUGAAAUAAAUGGUACACCAGAUUAUGCAACACCUGAUGGUAUACCAUCACAACCACAACAACCACAACAACCACAGACUAUACCUAUACCACAGCAUACCCAAGGUCAACAAAAUUCAGACACAGCUAUAACAUCACCACCACUUGUACACCCACAACCACAACAACAACCGAUACAUAAUCAAGAACCACCACCAAUAAACCAAAACACAGCAACACCACAAUUACAAACCCCAGAUUCUCAAUCUCCUCAAAUUACAGGUGAUAACAAUUAUCAACAACCACAAGCAGACCCACUUUUGAACCCACUUUCAAUCAAUAAUCCACCCAAUCAUUUGAAUCAACCAUCGGCACCACCACAAUCCGACAGUGGUAUAACAGUAUCCAAUGGAGUGAUCAACGUGCCAAACAACCCACCAAUUCCAAUUCAAGACAAGUAUCCCAACAUGGUUGAUGGUUUACCAGCUGGUAUCAAAGAGGGUGAUAUCACCGAUUUACUAUAUCGGUUUAACUACACUGUUGGUUUCCAUGGGCACUACGAGAAAGGAUACAAGAACGGUGCUAAAGUAGGAGGGUACUUCGUCAAUGACAGAGAUGGUGUAAGCAGGAUCGUGACCUACGUAGCUGAUGAAAACGGAUACAGACCAAAGGUUAAAUUUAUCCGAUUAGAUCUAACCUCGGAUUUGGUACCGAAGGAAGGUACAGAAAAGACCUUUGGACUGAAGAACUUUGAGUUUGUGUGGUAUCCGCUGAAUUAACGUAGGAUUAGUAAUUUAUUAUUUGCCUAGCAUUAACAAACAAAUAUAUAUUCUUAAAUCAAAAAUUUAAAAAUCAA